GGAAGUGAUCUCUUUUCCUUUCCUUUCUCGUAGGCUAAGCCGGCAUAGUCACACCGGUCAUUAUUUAAGCCCACCAUCCAGCGACGACGUUGAGCUUGCGUAUACCGUGCCACGCGCCUGGAAUAUCUGCCGAGAAUAUCUGCGGAACGUGCUCCGAUUUCGGUUCCUGAGCCGGGAGACGACGCGCCCCGACGUUGCUGGCAGUUGGCAGACCGAGGUCCGAGGACACGGGGCUCGCUUUGUCUAUAUCGCGUAGAGAAGUGUUCGGAGAAACGCUCGAAGCGAAUCACGAUGGCGGCAGCGGUGGAUUUCCAGAACCAACCACCAAUGGACGACACGUCGCAGGAUCAACCAGGAAAAAUGCACUCCAACGACUCGCAUCAGCAGAAUAUGGAGCAGCAACACUCGUCCUCGCAACCUGGGCAACAACAGGCGACCGCCGGCAUCCCAGGCAAGGACGACGAGCGUAAGCUCUUCAUCGGCGGGCUAUCCCGCAACACCACCGACAAGGAGCUCCGGGAUCACUUCGGCAAGUUUGGCGAGAUCGAGAGCAUCUCGGUGAAGGUCGAUCCCCACACCGGCAUUUCGCGCGGUUUCGCCUUCAUGGUGUUCACCAACCCCAAGACCAUCGACAAGCUGCUCGCGUCCGGCGAGCAUUAUAUUAAUAAACGCAAGGUAGACCCGAAGCGAGUUAGUAAAAAGCCCCAACACGGCAAAAUCUUUGUGGGUGGCCUCACCCCUGAGAUUUCAGAUGACGACAUUAAGAACUACUUCAGCCAGUAUGGUACCAUUGUCGAGCUGCAGGCGCCUUUUGACAAAGUCAAGAAUCAGCGUAAAGGCUUCUGCUUUAUCACGUUUGAUUCAAAAGAGGUCGUGUACAAAUUGUUGAAGACGCCUAAGCAGACGAUUAAUGGUAAGGAAGUAGACGUCAAGAAGGUCAAGGUCAAUCCGGAUCCGAGAAAUCAAGGCUUCUGGGCACCUGGCUACGGCUACGGCUACGGCGGCUAUGGUUACAUCCCCGACUACAACGGUUAUCAUAGCGGCUACGACGACAUGUACGCGAGCUACGAUUACGCUGGUUACGACGGCUACGACAAUAUGGGAUAUGGUCCCAAACCGCGAGGUGGAUCAUUAUUUCGUCUACCAAACAGAGACUGAAUCCGGGAUUUCGGGGAGAGGGAGGAAUUAAAAAAAAAAGAGGGAAAAACCACCUCUCCAAUGCCCCGAAUGCCCCGAAUUUAGUACAUUACACAAGGAAGCUUGCAAGUAAUGGCUUAACAGUGGAUAUUAACAGUAACAAUUAAGAGUAACAAUAUUAAUGUCUUCGUUCGACCGACGUUGAACGAGAAGGUCGUUCUCCAAAACCAGUGCUUCAGAAUUGAGGACCGAAACCGACCGACCGCACGUAAAAUUUUUCUCCGUUGUGUUCUCAUCAGUCCCGAAAUGAUGAGUGGUCGAUUUAAAUGGCAAUUAAUUUUAGUUUUAAUUAAUUGGCAAUUCAACAAACUUGCUAAGCAAGAUUUCUUAUGUCGGAUCCAGAUCAAGAAAACAGAUACGCUUGUUAAGGCGUUAAUGACCCCGUGUGACCCUAUUCUGUACAUUGCAACUAUAUAAAGCGUUAUUAAGCGUAAUUAUAAAGGCAUAUAUAGUUUCCUCUUUGUACCGUGUUAUACUUCUUUUUACACUUUGUGUAAAAGUGUAAAAGAUAUCUUAUGUAUAUGCAUGAUGUACAUGAGCAUGAGAGGGACAAGACCGAGUACAUUCAAAAAGGCUAGAAAGAACAAAUCUAGGCGUUUUCAUCAAUUAAAUAUGUACUAUUAAUCAUCGUUUCCGAGAUCGUGCUUUUUACCGCGCCGAUAAAGCUUUAUCGUGCGAAUUAUGUUUUCCGGUAUGAGAUACAAACUUUACAAUAUGGGAAUACAUGCAGUUUAGCGACAUUCAACGCCAUCCGGUAAACUUUUCGCUAAUUUGUCAGAGUAAAGUCUAUCAAAGUCGCAAACACGAACGAAAGAAUUGCUUUAUGUGAAUAUUAACUAAUAUAGUGUGAUCAUAACUUUAGUUAAGUUGGAAAGAGUUUCGCGACAAGUCUUGAAAUAUGAUUUGAUCUAGAUCACUUAUUUUUGCCUUAUAUUCCUGAUUUGCUGUCAACAUGUAUACCCAUUAAAUUGGAUUAUCCAGAAA